ACACAGCCGAGCCAUAUUUCACUGACCAUUAGCUCCAGCGCCAUUCAUUAUUAUAUCGGGAUCUUCAUCUAAUAUAGAUCCUUUAACAGUGCAGAGAUGCGGAUCGCUGCUGUAGUGUGCUUUAUAUAUGCACUGGCUUUCACUGCGCAUGCAGAUGUGUAUUUUAAAGAACAAUUUCUGGACGGAGAUGGUUGGAAAAGCCGAUGGGUCGAAUCCAAACACAAAUCCGACUACGGCCAGUGGAAACUGACCUCAGGGAAAUUCUACGGCGAUGUUGAGCUUGAUAAAGGUUUGCAAACAAGUCAAGACGCCCGGUUUUAUGCUCUAUCCAGUCGCUUUGACUCAUUUAGUAAUGAGGGUAAACCACUUGUCAUCCAGUUCACUGUGAAACAUGAGCAGAAGAUUGACUGUGGCGGCGGGUAUGUGAAAAUCUUCCCUGCCGACCUGGACCAGACUGAUAUCCACGGCGAAUCGCAGUACUACAUCAUGUUCGGACCCGACGUCUGUGGCUACAGCACCAAGAAAGUUCACGUCAUUUUCAACUACAAAGGGAAGAACCACCUAAUCAAGAAGGACAUCAAAUGCAAAGACGAUGAACUCACUCACCUGUAUACGCUGAUUCUGCGGCCAGACCAGACGUAUGAAGUCAAAAUCGACAAUGAGAAAGUAGAAUCCGGUUCUCUGGAGGAAGACUGGGAUUUCCUUCCUCCAAAAAAGAUCAAGGAUCCCGAGGCCAAGAAGCCAGAGGAUUGGGACGACCAGGCAAAAAUCGACAAUCCUGAAGAAACAAAACCUGAGGAUUGGGACAAACCUGAGAACAUUCCCGAUUCUGAUGCCAAGAAACCAGACGAUUGGGAUGAAGACAUGGAUGGAGAAUGGGAACCUGCAAUGAUCCCGAACCCAGAGUACAAGGGCGAGUGGAAACCAAAACAGAUCGACAACCCCAACUACAAAGGCACCUGGAUUCACCCUGAAAUUGACAACCCUGAAUACACUCCAGACGACUCCAUUUACAAAUUUGAUAACGUUGGCGUUCUGGGACUGGAUCUUUGGCAGGUGAAAACUGGAACGAUCUUUGAUAACUUCCUGAUCACUGAUGAUGUUGAGGAGGCUGAAAAAUUUGGUACAGAAACGUGGGGCGCAACGAAGGGACCAGAAAAGAAAAUGAAGGACCAGCAGGAAGAGGAAGAACGGAAGAAGCGUGAAGAGGGGGAAAAGAGCAAGAAGGAUGAUGAUAAUGAGGAAGAUGAGGAGGAUGGCGAUGAGGACGAGCCAGAGGAGGAGGAGCACACAGAAGAACCUCCUGAGGAGGAAGAGGAGGGUGAAGAUGAUGCGCUUCCAAAAGACGAGUUGUGAAGAGGAGUUUCCUUCUGAAUGAGCAGAUCUGAUGCAUUUCUGAUGUCUUUCUUUAUAUACGUGGUGUGAUUUUUUGGCCCCGCCCCCUUUCUAGAAACAUGUCACAUCCGGUAACUCGGAUUUCUUUUGGUUUUGCUGCUAGAAGCCCCCCAACACAUUUAUAGUACGACCUGAUAAACUUAAUUAAUUAAUGUUUGGAUCUCUGUUCUGUCUCGAGCCGCGCAAGGGAAAAAUUCUAAUGUAUCAUUUGUUGGAUUUGCACUUUUUUUAAAAUAAAUGAUUUAUUUUUAAA